GGGCCCUCCUCCCGACAUGGCGACGCGGGCGGGCAGGCGCCGAGCGGCGCCCGCGGGGCGUGAAUAAAGGGCGGCGGGCGGGGCCGCGGCGCGCUGGGAAGCGCGGGGCCGGAGGCGGUGCCGGGUGAGCGGGGCCGGCGGCGGGAGGGACAGUGAGGGCCGUCGCUGACGGCCCGCGUCCGCCAUGCCCAGGACGCGGACGGGGAUCCUGCGGAUGGCGCUGGGUGGCGGCGCCGCCACCGACCCGCUGCUGCCGGCGGAGGAGGACGGCGAGGGCCUGCGGGCGCCGUUCCUGCUGCGGGCCCUGCGCAUCGCCGUGGUGGUGUGCCUGUACUGGUUCACCUCCAUCGCCAUGGUGUUCCUCAACAAGUACCUGCUGGACAGCCCCUCGCUGCGCCUCGACGCGCCCCUCUUCGUCACCUUCUUCCAGUGCGCCCUCACGGCCGCCCUCUGCCUGGGCCUCAGCCUGGGGGCGGCCUGCGGGCCCCCCUGCCCGGGCCUGCCCACCCUCCGCCUCGACCCUAAGGUGUCCCGCAGCGUGCUGCCCCUCUCCAUCGUCUUCAUCGGCAUGGUCACCUCCAACAACCUCUGCCUCAAGCAUGUCGGUGUGGCUUUCUACAACGUGGGGCGCUCCCUCACCACCGUCUUCAAUGUGCUGCUCUCCUACCUGCUCCUCAAGCAGACCACCUCCCUCUACGCCCUCCUGGCCUGCGGAGUCAUCAUAGGUGGCUUCUGGCUGGGUGUCGACCAGGAAGGAGCAGAGGGCACUCUGUCAUGGACAGGUAUAUUCUUUGGGAUCUUGGCAAGCCUGUGUGUCUCACUCAAUGCCAUCUACACCAAGAAGGUGCUGCCUGUGGUGGAUGGUAGCAUCUGGCGCCUGACCUUCUACAACAACGUCAACGCUUGUGUCCUCUUCUUCCCCCUCAUGUUGCUACUGGGAGAGUUCCGCACCCUCUAUCACUUCGACAAGCUGGGGAGCCCCAGUUUUUGGGGGAUGAUGAUCCUGGGGGGAGUGUUUGGCUUUGCCAUUGGUUAUGUGACCGGACUUCAGAUUAAGUUCACUAGCCCACUCACCCACAACGUGUCUGGAACAGCCAAGGCCUGUGCCCAAACAGUGCUGGCUGUUAUCUACUUUGAGGAGACAAAGAGCUUCUUGUGGUGGACGAGUAACUUGAUGGUUCUGGGGGGCUCUUUUGCCUACACGUGGGUGAAAGGCCUGGAGAUGAGAAAGGUACAAGAAGAUCCUAACACCAAAAGCGGCGAAAGAAAUGAGACUGGUGUGUAGGCAGCUCCUGCACCUCCAUUUCUGUGCCUGGAAGGUUACCCUUUGGUGGUCCUUUCCUCCUGGGGAGAAGAGCAAGGAGCAGGAAAAAAAAUCACCUGUGAAGUGUACAGGGAACUGUGUCAGGAACCAGAGCCAAAGACCUGACUGGAUUGAGUUUUAUCCGUGGGAUCUCGCCCUGUACCAGAGUUGGGGAGAGCAUGUGUUGUAGAGAGCAAUCUUUUUUGUGAUCGUUUUCUAAAAUGGAUGUUGCUAUUGACCUAUUCUGGGCAAUUUGUGUCUCUGGGGGGGGUGGGGUCAUAGCAGACAAAACACUCAGAUGAGAGCUUUGUAUACUUGGGGUUUUAGAAUUAACUGAGCGAGUGCGGUCUGAAGCUAUAAAAUCUUGAAUCUCCACCUAAGGAAGAGGCAGGUAGCCAGACUUUUGGGGGUAGUCUGCAGUAAUCUGUUCUGCUGUAAUAGGAUUGGCAACAGCCGUUCUUUCUGUUGCCCCAUUCAGCGCAAACGAUGGGAAAUUCCCUCCCUUCUGGUUCUGUAAAAGCCCAAGCAGCAGCAGUGCCUCCAGAUCUCCUUUUCAAAGAAUCGGUAUCACAUCCUA